CAUAGGGCGCAAUGUGUAUAAUAACUACCGUCUCUAUAUAUACAAACUUGCCAGAACCGAUUAGCAUUUCUUCACUCGCAUUUCUAACGAACACGGGAUAUCGUCGGAAAAAAUAAAAACCUAAUAUUGCUCUCAUGGCUGAUUCUUCUCGCAAAAAGGUUAUGCGGUCUCCUUCACCUUUGAGGGAUCAGUCAAGGUCUAGGUCUAGGUCAGGAUCCUGGUCUCGGCCCAGGCAGAGAUCACAGUCUCGAAGUCGUGGAAGAUCAAGGUCCAGAAGUCGUGGAAGAGGUGAUGUUAUGAAUCCUGGAAAUACACUUUACGUGACUGGCCUAUCAACAAGAGUCACAGAAAAGGACCUUAAAAAACAUUUCUCGAAGGAGGGAAAGGUUGCUUCAUGUUUUCUUGUUGUGGAGCCCCGGACCCAGAUCUCUCGAGGUUUUGCUUUUGUCACAAUGGACACUACUGAGGAUGCCACCCGUUGCAUUAAGUAUCUCAACCAGUCAGUUCUUGAGGGCCGAUAUAUCACUGUAGAGAGGUCUCGGAGGAAACGUCCUAGAACUCCCACACCUGGACACUAUCUUGGGCUGAAAAGUAGUAGGGACUACGGUCAUGGUUAUCGGGGCGAUCAUGCUAGUAGGUAUCGUUCUAGCCAUGAUGAUUAUGGUUAUCAUAGGUCUCCAAAACGCUCACCAUAUCGAGGGAAUCGUGAUUAUUCUCCUGUGCACUCUCCUCAUGGUGGAAGAUCAAGGAGGGACAGAUCCAGGUCGCUGCCUCAUUCCCCAUAUGGUAGCCCAGGAAGGAGGUACUCACGUGGUUCUAGGUGAUGCUCUUUGCUACUUUUUUCAUGUGCUCUUUGAAGGGAUUGUUGAAACUUUUGAAAUUUAAUGUGUUGAUGUAAAAAAGCCUCAAGUUUGGACUAGAACUAAGAGAUGCAAAUGGAUGCUAGGGAUGCUUUUGUUCUCUAGGAUAGUUGCAUUUUUUAAUCCUGUAAUUUUUCGUGCUGCUCAUGCUGGUGAGUUCUGCUUUACAAGUUGAGUUCAUUGUUCAUAAGCUGUAUAUGAUUGUUAUGAAUGUAGCUCAUAAUGUUUCAGUGGUACUUAUUAUGAAUGUAGUUCAUAAUGUUUGUGGCA